AUGAAGACUCUGAGGAUCUAUAUUUUUGUGCUGGGAACGUUGGCUUUGGGUGGAAUGGCACAGGCAGGAACGAAGACGAAAUGUGAUGUGGUCAGGUCGCUGAAAGCUGCGAAUGUAGGUGACUCGGAAAUCAGAGAUUGUAAGUAGAGUUUUUUUUUUUAAAAAUCACUGCUUCAAGAAAUAAUCUCAAAUAAAAAGGGGCCUUAUCUGGGACUAAUUUUUAAGGGAAAGCCGUUAUAAAUAUAAUAUCUUAUCUUGCUGCAGCAAUAUGAAAAAAAUGUUCCUACUAAUAUAAAUAUCAUUUAACAAAUUAAUAUUUUUUGCUUAGCAUGCGCGAUAUUGAACCAUGCGUUUCCGUGUGCGCUUUUUCAGUUCAGGCCACAACUAUUUCAUAAUUAUAAGUUCCGCUACUUAUUAGCCUCGUACUUUUUUCGUCCUUAGGGCUUUGUUUGGUAAAACACGAGAGUAACUUCCGAUAUGAUGCUGUCAAUACGAACAGCGACGGAUCAAAGGAUUAUGGGAUAUACCAACUGAACAACAGAUACUGGUGUGAUCGGGGAAACAGCCGAUACACUAGAUGUUGGCAGAUAAAUUCCUUUGGUUGUGGUCACAGAUGCAGUGGUAAAAGUCAAUAUAGCUUAUUAGAUCAUCCUGACUUCACUGGUUAAAGGGGCUGUGUCACGGCAGUCCAGUUCAUUUUGUUUAAUUUUGCCAGUUACUUGCCCUCUGUCGCUAUGGAACUUAAAGUAAGCAAAGAAAUUACAUGUAAAUGACAAAAUCAGAGAUCCGAGACAAUUAAAUAUGUCUCCUGAGCAUUAUUUUUGAAGUUGCAAGCAGCAGGGGUCAAUUUUGAAAACUGACUGUUAGGCUGAACAGUUUUCAAAAACCCUAAUUUCAAUCCAUUUCAAUCUUCUUCAGUUUUGCCCAUCCGUGGCAUCUCUUGUUUCUGUUAUGUUAUUCUAACCUUCCUUUAGAGUUUUAAGCUGUUCUUUUUAUGUUUCUCUUAAUUUAACGGGCAUUUUGUAAUUUCCUAAUUUGGGUGAAUUUCGUGACACAGCUCCUUUAAUGCGACUUUUGUUUGAGUUUUUAAUCAGUGAAGACAGAAUAAUCAGGCCUUUACUCUAUGGUGCCAUUUGAGUAGGAGGACCAGGUAGCCCCCGCCCCGCCCCCUACUUUUUGGGGACAAAUUUAAUCUAACAUGCAACAACAGUUUAUUUCUACACGGUAGACAGACAACUAAAAUAAUUUGCAAAAAAAAUAAUUAUUAACUAGGGGUACCUUCCGGCAAGUGCCACCGAGUUGAAUUCUGGAAUGUGCCGAUCCAGAUCUUCGCGAUUUGUUAAAUAAUUUUGGAGGAUUCCGCUAUACAAAUAGCCUCCCACGCAGGCAUUUUUAGGGGAGCUCGUAUUUCUUCCCUCCCCACAAACGCCUGCUCAACAGAGGACAACAUUCCUUUCCCAUUGUUGCAUUUGCGUGGUAAGCGACCAAUCAACGGUUUUUAAAUAAAGUGUUGACAGGCUAAACACGACUCAUAAGCUCGUGAUAGUGUAAAAACGUGACCCAGAACGUGACCCUAGAGUUACCAUUUUCUUUCUUUUCUUUUCUUCGCUAAGGUUAUGCAGUGCACGGAGAAUUUUAAAAUCUGAUUAAAUCUUGCUUUUGCCGCUAUGAGUCUAACAUGAAUUAGAGGUCAUGAAGGUUUCUCAAAGGUUCAUGCAGAUCGCGUAAUCAUCGGGUUACCCUGCGGUCAAGGUGAACUUUCCAGAAUUUGGAAAGUACAACGUGAUUGGCUAAGCUUGGGAAAGGAAUGUUGUCUUCGGUUGAGCAGGCGUUUGUGGGGAGGGACGAAAUACGAACUCCCCUAAAAUCGCCUGCGUGGGAGGCUACUAUACAAAAGGAUGGCGCACAACUUUAGAAAAAAAAACUUCUGUACAUUCUAGGCCAGUUUCACUUCUCCAAAAAAAUAACAUCAUGUCUUGAAGUAAUAUAUCAAGAAUGAGACGCAGUGUUUCAUCAUCAGUUCUCAAACUCAUUAAUAAUUCAUAAAGAAAAUUCAAAGGAAAUAAAUGUUUAAUGGGUGUUUGGAUAUCAGAUGAAAAACUGCUCAUUUUUGCAUCCUUAAUUUUUCCUUCAAAAAUGAUUUUGUUUGAGAAGAAAUACCAAACAUUCGACACAGUGUUUCAUCACCAGAUGAAACACUGCAUCUCAUGUUUGAUAUAUUACAUGAAACACGGAGAAGAUUGAAAGUACGACGCCCAGCAGCGGAGUAUAUUUGACGAACUUCUAGGUGUUUUAUCUGGUGAUGCUUGAUAGUACUUCUAAAAAAAUUGAUUUUAGAAGGAAAAAUAGAAAAAAUAGCAAUUUUUCGUCUGAUAUCCAAACACUCAUUAAACAUUAAUUUCCCUUGUAUUUUCUUUAUGGAUAAUUAAUGAGUCGUGAGAAGCUUUGUUGGUAAAUUGGAGCAAGUUAGCACUUGCCUGUUAAGGAAAUUCAAAACUAUAAACUUUAGAAAGUAAAGUGUAGUUCAAGUGAGGCCUUUGACUGCUAAAAUUAAAAAUUAAAACUGAAUUCCGAGCUUGGUGCCGAUCAACGGCAUAAGAAAAAAAAAUAUUCUCAUGGUAAUUACAAUAUACAUAUGAAAAAAUUGGUGUAAGUAAAAUGUGUGAAAAGCGCAAGAAUGGGGCGGAAUGUAUCAGAGGUAUAAAAAUAUAGCCUUGAAUAAAAUACAAAGAUCUAAUGAGCGCUUGGCACAGGACAGGGAGUCUAUCGAAAGGCAAAAUGAUUCAUGAUGAUGGUCCGCAAAUUCGUUGCAUUCCUCAAGGGAGUUUAGGGCUGUCUUCGAGGUAAAUCCAGCUGCAAAAGGACACGCUGGUUGACAAAAAUCUCUCCAAGCGGGUAAAAAUAACUUCUUAAAAACAAAAGGUCCUUAAAGCAUUCCAUUCGCAUUCCUCACUGGAGGUGAGGACCGGCUCAAUGUAAAUCGAACUGCGAAGAUUACGCUGGUUCUGAUAAACGUUUUGAGAAUACAAGCAAUUCCUUGAUUAGCUACCGCAUAAAAUUCAUUAAUUUACAAAAAAAAGUAAAAUAACGUUGAAAAAAGAUAACAUUGAAAACUUUGGUUCUGAGUCGAAAAGCGAACACGCUACCUCAAUGUAAAUCGAGCUGCGAAGAACAAGCUGGUUCUGACAAAAAUUGUAGCGUAAAACCCUAUUCCUUGAUCAGCUGCUGCUUUAAACUCAAUAUAUAAAGCAAACCAGAGCACUAAUAGCCCUUUCAAACAACGUAUUAAAGAUUGCUUACCUGUUAAGGCCUCUUGAACAGAAAACGAACAGCUGCACACGGGAUCACCCAAUUUCGAACCACGAGUUAUUGUAAAAACAAGAUCAUGACGUCACUGCCCAAAUAUUGGGUCUAACUUACACCCAAAUAUGGUCAAAAAUCCAGAUUUUAGAGAGUUACGCAGAAUUUGAGAGCUGUUGCCUACAUUAUGCGGGAUUAUGCAAUAAACAACACAGUCAUACAGUAGAGAGGCACCCAAAAUAACUAAAAAGCCAAACUAGGUGGGUGACCGUUAUUAUAAUAAUUGAAAAUGUAAGUCAGGAAAGAGGCACAACAGAUACAUUGGUACACAUAUUUAUCACGAAUUAACUUCGUACAAAAGUAUACAAAACAAAAUAAAUAAGUAAAUAUUAAGCAUCCAAAUAUUAGUAAGAUUAGUAGAGACAUAAACGGACACACGGGGACACCAAAAACUAAAGAAAACUGAAGCUGUAAGACAGUGAACGGAACUCAUAUCACACGCAGUAGGCAAAACACGUCCGCCAUCUUUGCUGACCUAAGAAGACUUAAUUAUGUGGGAAAGGUUACCCACGGACCCACCCCCCCCCCCCCCCCCCCCCCCCCCCCCCCCCCCCCCCCCCCCCCCCACCCCCCACACAUCUCCCACCGCCCCCACCCCCCCCCCCCCCCCCCCUCCCAGCGAGCUCACACGCCGCCCUCACCCCACACAGAAGCGUCUCUCCUUCUGUAUUUGUAUUUUUUUGGAUUUUUGUUAUGCUCAUAGUAGGGCAAGGAGUGGGUGGAUGCGAGUAUAGAACAAAAAAUUAGAAAGAUUGGAAAAAAAAAAACCGAAAAACCGGGGACCCAAAAACCAAAAAAAAACUGAGCUGGGAGAACAGGGAAGGGACUCAAAACCACCCGCGGUGGGCAAACCCGGCCCCCCUUUUUUCCUGCCCAAAAAGACCUUAAUUUGUGGGGAAGGGUUCCCCCGGGCCCCCCCCCCCCCCCCACCCCCCGUUUACAGGAAUGGGCCUCCGACCCAUUACAAUUGAGUGUGCCACCAGCGCUGCAAAUCGGCCUUAGUACUUUGUGCCAAGAAUUUGACCGUUGCAUACCGAAGAAAAUACUGGUUUUCUGAUUGGCUGUAUUUAUUUGUAAGUUGUAUAGCAUGGGAUAUAGGAUGAGGAGCCUAUGGCCCGUGUAGAAAACCAUUAUCUGUUUAGACACUCAGAUAAUGCGUCAGUCUAUAAAUAUGACAUUUCCUUGUCUUGUUUGCUUGUAGACAGGAAAAGUCGUUACGUCACGUUGCUAUGGUAGCACGAUUUCUGGAUCUCAUCAAACCGUGGUCCUGCAAAUAUGGAAGAAAAAAACUACAAAAUUGACAUGUAUGAUUUUCCUUUGCAUGGUUGAAUUCAUGCAGGAACAAAACGGUAGCGCAUACGUUUCUGCCAUUAUUCGACAAUGCAAAUGUCCGUCACUGUCAAGAAAAAUUGUUGAGGUCCAGAAGUUUGGUUGCCAUGUCAACGUGACUUCACACUUCUCUCUAUUCUCAUAUUUGUGAACACUUCAGUCGAGAUGAAAGCCUAAGAAAACAGCCGACUUUUCGCGCCAUCACUGUCGGGUGUUUUCUCAGGCUAGUCGUGAUGUGAAUAAAUGUUACUUGCAGACUUUAUCAACUCAGGAAUCACGUGGGAUACAGACUGUGCUGUCAAAAUUAAGAGAUGCAACAGCUUCAACAAGUGGUAG